AUGCCGCUCUGCCAACGCUGCGCUCCUCUUACAGUCAACAAGCUACUCGAAAAUGACGUCCUCUUCCACGCCGACAUGGGCGCCCUGAAAGCAAGCGCAGAGCGAGGCUGCGAAUUUUGCUUACUGUGCUGGGACGCUGUGCACACCACGCAAGAACCCCGAGUGGCCAAGCUUGUUCGGGGCGAAUCUGCCUGGCUGGAGGGGGAGUCGUGGACUCCGACCGUCUGGCUCCGCGGCGUCAACCUUUACCACCGCGGCGACGCCGGCGCGAAGGUUGAGAUCACCUGCGGAAAGCUCCGCGAGGGAGGAUUGGGGGAGCCCGAGCCGGGGUCGGACUACAAUCCAUUACCAUCGGUAAACCUUCUAUGUUUCGACUCCGCGGGCGCCGCAGCACCGCCGACUGCAACCCGGAGUUUGACCACGAACGGGCUGCGCGAGCGCUACAUAGCACUAUCGUACUGCUGGGGGGUAGACACCUCCGGUGUUCUCACUCUCAACGCCAACACUCACACGGCCUUGGUUCAGGGCGUGCCGGAAACGCAACUGGCCAAGACGCACAGGGAGGUGGUAUCCCUGGCUCGUGCGCUCGGCGUCCGCUAUGUAUGGGUGGACGCGCUGUGCAUCAUCCAGGGCGACGUCAAGGACUGGGAACGGGAGUCCAAGCGCAUGGCUGAGGCGUACGGCAACGCGACCCUGACCGUCAUCGCGGGGCGGUCCGCGGCGUCAAAGGACGGCUUCAUCACCAACGACUCUUUCCGUAAGGAGCGCCGGCCGAGCCCUUGCGUGCUGCCGGUAGAUGGCUCGGUCGAUGCCGGUGUGCUGGCCGUCGGGCCCUUCCGCUCCGAUUCCUACGGGCCCGUGUCCGGGCGGGGAUGGUGUUUCCAGGAGAAGAUGCUGUCCCGGCGGGCUGUGGUGUUUGCAGAGCAGCAACUUGGUUUUUAUUGCGCGGUGGAGGGAGUGUGGGAGAACGGCGUGGCUAAACCAAAUCUCUGGCGUCCAAGGUUCCUCCAGCGGCCGGUAUCGUCGACGGCUACCACCAGUAGCAGCGAAACCCCAAAACGGCCUGCCCACCUUAGUGCCCAGGACGAGAUCCUCAGAAGUUGGUAUGGACUCCUAACCCAAUUCUCCGCAUGCCAGUUGUCCAACCCGCACGACGUCUUCGCGGCCAUCAUCGCCGUCGCGCAGCAGGCCUCCCGCGUUCUCAACUCGCGAUAUCUCGCCGGGAUAUGGGAAUGCGAUCUCGUGCGCGGCUUGCUCUGGAGGCCGGCCCAUCAUUUCCGAACCGAAGUUGCCAUGAAAACACCGACAACACGUCCCAAGCCGUCCAAGCUCACGGGAACGGGCCCCGUCAUCCGCGCGCCCUCGUGGUCGUGGGCCGCAGUAGAAGGGCCUAUAUCCUUACCUUUGGGGUCCCUCGGGUUCACCCCGGGCGUGGUGGCAAGGCAGCGCGACCCGGCAUACCCAAAGAUCCGCCCGAAGCAGUCGAACCCCGUACGGUGGUCGCUCGAUAAUAAGUGUGGUAUUGACGCCAUGCAUAUGCCGGCAUGUGAGCUGCAGCUGGUGGGUCAUGUAGCCAAGGUCCGGGUACUUACAGAGUCGGUACUCGGCUAUAUUGACGCGAGGAUGCGCCACAGGAAUAUCAGGCGGGCGGGGGCGGUGGCAAACGGGGUACUGCUUGCUGAGCCGACCCCGUCUGGUGUUACGGUAGGGGGUGAACCCUGGGAUCAGGUUGUCGGCCUGGCAUUCUUCGAUGUUAAGGAGGAGAGAAAAGGGUUUGACUUCGCCUGGUGUCUCCCAGUUGUGCCGGACUUGGGACUUUUGUUAGAGAGGAAGCUAGAUGGCAAGUUUAGCCGUCUGGGCUUUGUUUACAUUCAGAAGUUGAGACUGGUUUCUUCAGCAGGUGGAAGGGGACAUCUGUUUAUGCUAGACUACCGAGUACAUAGGUAUCUAUAA